AUGCCUGGUUCAAACAACGAUUUGAAUGUGUUGGCACACUCACCCCUUUUUGAUAACAUGCUAAAGGGUGUAGCACCUCCAUGCAAUUAUAUCAUCAACGGUCAUCGAUACAAUAUGGGUUAUUUCUUAACCGAUGGUAUCUAUCCAAAGUUGACUAUAAUUGUACAAGCUUUCAUUCAAACAUUGGACAUUCUCGACUAUGUAAGAUUCAACAAUUAUCAAAUGGCUAAAAGAAAGGAUGUCGAGCGUGCUUUUAGAGUGCUUCAAGGUAAAUUUAGAAUUUUCGGAUCACCGUGUAAGUAUUGGCAACAAUUUGACUUGAACUUAAUUAUGAAAUGUUGUUUAAUUUUACACAACAUGAUUAUUGAGCAUGAACAUCGGGAUAUGGGUUGGGGUAGAGUUGUUCCUGUUCCAAUUCUGGAACCUACCGAUAACGGUCGUGUUUUUAUGUCAAGUCUUAAAAACCUAAAAAUGCACCUACAACUAAGAACGGAUCUUGUUGCCUACAUUGUCGCGCGUCCUGGUAGAGGAGCCCGGACAGCAGACUCAUCUAGUUUUGAGGGUUCAGAUAUGGAAUACGUGGUACUUCCAUCAUCAGAUGGAGAAUAUGAUGAUACAGACUUAGAAGAAGAAGUUGUUACUGCUCAAAACGAGGAUUGUGAACAUGUUUAUGGAGAUGGACACGCAGAGGAAGAAUGUGAACAUGAUGGAGAUGAUGACGAUGACGAGGAUGAAUAUGAUGACGAUGAUGAGGAUGAGGAUGAUGACGAUGAGGAGGAUGAGGGGGAUGAAUGA